AUGGAAGGGCGGAAUGAGAUCAGGGAUGGGCGGAAGGAGAUUAGGGGUGGGCGGAAUAAGGCGCGGGUUGAUGGGGAGGGGGAAUGGAGGGGGAGAGCAGGUGCUGCCCGAGGAGGGGGAAGAGAGACGUCGUCCCUUUUGACAGGGAGGCAUGGACCGCACUCACCCUGCUGCCCGCUUCUCUCCCUCCCCGCCGUUCUCCCAUGCAUGUGCCUGCAGCUGCAGGCGCUGUUGCGCAUGGGCAUGCCAGCGGGGGUGUGCAGCACGCGCAACGCCACCACGCCACUGCACGUGGCGGCGUAUGGCGGCCACGUGGACUGCAUGUGCCUGCUGGCGGCUGUGCGUGCCUGGCGGCUGGACUCCAUUACACAAUGCAGUGACCAAGCAGCAGUGGGAGGCAGUGAGAUGACUUGCACACCAGGGAAUAGAGCCAGCAGAG